UGAAAAAUAGUAUUAAAAAUAUUAAUAAUAUUAAACAAAUUGGAAUACAUUAAAAAAUAUUCAUAAAUUAAAAAAAAUCUCAAUAAUUUUAAUAUAAAGAAAUCGAUAAUUCGAAAGUGUUUUAUGUGUUGAUCAUUUGUUAAUGUUGUGUUAUAUUUGUAUGCAAAUUGUUACCUAUGGAGAAUACAAAUGUAAAUCCUUUAAAAUCUCCUUCCUCUGCAAAUCCCUCAGACAAUGAGUCGGAUACAAAGGUUAAGGCUGAUACGACGACUUUAAGCGAAAAUCCAGCAGAUUCCCGUAAUUUUCCUCUGGGAGGUAAUGAGCACAAACAAAGUAAUCACAAGCCUCCAAAAAUAUCCUUUAGCGAAAAUUCGAGUUCAUUAAUACGAUGUAUGCCAAACGAAAGAGCAACAUUUUUUGUCAAAAUCGAUACAGAAGAAGAUGAUGCUGAUAUUUUACCCCUAGAAUUUGAAUGGAGUCGCGGUGAAAUUCCCAUUUAUAAUUCCGAUCGUUUUCGCAUAACAAAGACCAGUACUGCAGUUCAAUUGGCAGUUGAACAUGUACAACGAGAAGAUGCUGGUCAUUAUACGCUUUUUGCUAAAACAAAAAGCAACGAUGUCAUACGAAAAGAUGUACAACUGAUAGUUGAGGAUAGAUCGACAGGCGAUGAUCCACCAGUAUUUCUACGGCGUUUGCUGGACUUGCAAGUGAGAGUUGGUUCAAGUACUAGACUUAUAACCGAAAUACGCAGUUCUUCAGAUGUGAAGCUUACUUGGUUCCGAAACGAUCGGCGCGUUUGUGAAAGUGAUCGUAUUAAAGAGGUUCAUGAGGGUAAUUUUCAUUAUCUUGAAAUAAAUCCUGUAGUAGUGGAGGAUGGCGGCCAGUGGAUGGUUAUGGCGGAGAAUUUUAGUGGCCGUAAUUCUUGUAUUUCCAAUUUAACUGUUCUUGUGCCAAAAGCUUAUAAAGCUCCCGAGUUUAUAGAAGAAUUAAGAGCGAUUUUAACACAACAGGGCACAGUAUCGCUGGAAUGUAAGGUGGUGGGUGUACCUACGCCACAAUUGCGUUGGUUUAAGGAUUCUAAAGAGAUUAAGGCCGGUGAUGUGUUUGCUCUUACCGCCAAUGCUGAUGAUCCCACUUCAUUGGGUACCUAUACAUGCGAAGCAGUUAAUUGUGUUGGUAAAGCAUAUUCAAGCUCUAAACUGCAUGUUGUUGGUCGUGGCAGUAGAGAGGGUUCAUUAAAACCCGCCGAUAGCGCGACUAACACAGCUCCCCCACCAAUAUUCACUAACGAACUAAAAAAUGCGAGUGUUCGCAUUGGUGAUACAAUUAUUCUCGGAUGCCAAGUGGCUGUACCACCAUGGCCUCAGAGUGUUGUAUGGUAUAAUAAAAAUGGACGUGUUGAGUCCGGUGAUAGAUACAAAUACAUUGAGGAUGGUUUGGGUGUGUAUAUGAUCGAAGUCAAACCAUCCGAGGCAUGCGAUGAGGGUGAAUGGAAGUGUGUGGUUACUAAUGAAGAAAGUUGUGUGGGCAUUUCUUCUUGUGUAGUUGACAUGGAAAUUCCGAAAAAUUAUCGUAAACCUCGUUUUAUGGAAAGUUUAAGAGCCGUUUUGACCGAAGAAGGUUUAGUUUCGUUUGAAUGUAAAGUUGUGGGCUUUCCUACGCCCCAAUUGAAAUGGUUUAAAGAUGGUCAAGAACUGAAACCAGGUGAUGUAUAUCAACUAACGGGCACAAAUUCAUUGGGCACAUAUUGCUGCAUUGCCAAAAAUUGUAUGGGUGAAACAAGUAGCAUUGCUGUCUUGACCGUGGAGGAUAUACAGAAUCAGUUGAACGACGAAGAACGUCUGACAUUUGCCACUUCUACAUCUCAACCUCCCAAGUUUUUAAUGGGUCUUAAAUCGGAGGAAACUAAAAUCAAUGAACCUUAUCAAUUUACAGUUAAGGUGGAGGCUACUCCAGAUCCUUUAUUAUCAUGGUUCCGCGAUGAACUACCUAUAGAGUCUAAUGAUCGUUAUAAUCAUUAUCGUGGUGAAGAAAAUAAUUGGCAUUUAGACAUUAGAAAUCUGGAAUUUAUUGACCAGGCGGAAUGGAAAUGUGUAGCUGUUAAUGAUUUCGGUACAACUGUUACUUCCUGCUUUUUGAAAUUACAAAUUCCUAGACAUUAUAAGAAACCUCGAUUCUUGGAAUGUUUAAGAGCUGUACUCACCGAAGAGGGUGCCGUUAAUUUGGAGUGUAAAGUCAUUGGUGUUCCACAACCCGCUCUAAAAUGGUAUAAAGAUGGUGUUGAAUUGAAACCGGGAGACAUUCAUAAAAUCAUAUCUGGACAGGAUGGCACCUGCUGUUUGGGUACCUAUACCUGUGAGGCUCGGAAUUGCAUGGGUGUGGUUGCUAGUUCAGCUGCUUUACUAGGCUUCGAGGAUGAUUAUUCGAAACAGGAAAGUAAACAACAAAAUGAAUUACAGCGUAACUUUUCUUUAUCCACCAUCCAGGAAGAACAUACUUCUCAGUUAUAUGAAACGCCUCAGGGUGAUAUUACUAUUACCGAGAGAGGAGAUGUAUCAUUUUCAUUUGAUGGCAAGGAAGUGUCGGUAUCUUUGUAUGAGACUCCUGAUCUAACAGAGGAAGAAGCUUUAAAGAUUGUAGAAAUGUAUGCCGAUCAAAUUUCCGAGCAUGUAACCGAACACAAUGUGGUCGAAUUGCCGCCCUUGAGAUUUGUCAAAGAAACCUCCCAAUCUGGUAAAUUACUUAUGGAAGCAGUGGUUAUAGAUAUUUCUCCAGAAUAUUUCUCUCACGAAGAAGAUUUGCGUACCGAAGCAGGUAUGGAUGAUAUCUCUAUUAAUGAGAUAACUAUUCACGGUUCUUCACUAAAAGAUGACGAAGAAUUGGAUCGACAAACCGAAGACUUUGCACGAACCUCCUUUGAGAAAAUGGAAGAAGAAUUAUCUUUGACGGCGCCCAUAAGAAAACGAAAAAAAUCUAAACCCACUGAAACCGAAGAAUUCUUUAGUUUUUCAAAAGCUUCCGAUGGCAGUGUGGAUGAAAAUACUUCAGAAUUGCAAACAUUUGCCAGCGCUCAAAUGUCGAAAAUGGAGUCAUUGGAAAACUCCAAAUCAUUAAGUGAAUCCAUACAGGCACCCGCCCGCAAAAAGGGCAAAAAACAAAGCGAUAGCGAAUCUUCAAAAACUACCGAAAACGAAGCUCAACUGCAAGAUAUAUCAGGCGCAGUGGGUGAUGGUCUAAAGGUGACCAGCGACAAACCACUAAAAGUUGUCAGUAAUGAAGCUGAUAUAGAAAGAAAUCUCAAAUCUUUACUGCCUCUGGCGAAACUUUUAAAAGUUUUAGACGGUCAUUUAAAUGCUGUCGAAUCCGAAGUUAUACAACAAUCGGUUAUGCUAAUGACUCCCUCAUCGGCUGAUCAAAGUAUAGCUAUUAUUAAAAAUAUCAUUGAUCCCAUAAGUCAAAUACAAAGUAAACUUAAAGUAUAUUCGGGUGAAACGCCUUUAGAUGCUCUAUUUGAGACCAUGAAUGAUGAUAUACGUAGUCUGCAUGUAGCUUUACAAGUUAUAGAAAAAUGUGUGGAAAUUGAUGAGACCGGCACCACAUUGAUUCAAAGAACAAGUGUUUGUAUUAUAGAUAGCAUAGCGGAUCAUUUGAUUAGGGCUUUGGACGAAGUUAAAAUGGUGUCAAAUAUGUUUGAAAAUGAAAGUCUCAAAUCUAAUUUACAACUUACUGUAGAUGAUAUUAAACAGGGUCUUGAAAUUACCAAAGACACUAUAAAGUCUCAGGCUUUAUUGCAGGAGGCUCAAGAAAUCGAAGCCACUAAGCAUUUUACCGAAACAGUAGCAAAAUUACAAGAUAUACCCGAACCUUUGCCUUUCGCCAAAGUAGCAGAAGCCAAUUUACCCAAAUACUCAGAGUCUGUUACGAACAUCUGUGAACCGGUUUUAAGAAUACAGGCGGCCUUAGAAAAGGUUGAAAAUGAAUUGACACUUGAGGAAAGUGAUGAAGAUAUUUACAAAAAGGUACACGAAAAAAUAAUGCACAACUUAGUGGAGCCCAUUAACGAGUUACAGUCUGUAGUUGCUGAAAUCGAGGGAAAAGUUAGUUCAUUAUCGGGCACCGAUAGUAUAGAACAAAAAGUUAAUAUGGCUAUUUUGGAUAUAGUAUCACCACCUUUAUUCGAAUUAAAUAAAGGUCUGGAAAUUAUUCAGCAGCAACCUUCGCAUAAUAUUGAGGCUGGUAAACUAACGGUUAGUACCGUAGAAUCCAUGGUACCGCCGUUGCAGGAAAUCCAAAAUGGUUUGGCUCAAUUAAGUCAAGAUAUUUUGUCGGGUCAACUAAACGAUGACCAGCUAAUGGAUACAGAUGAUUUAAAGAAACUCUUACAGUCAUUGGCUCAAGCUGUACUACAUUUGGAAUCAAAUAUAGAUAAUAUAACAUCUCGUUUGCCGCAGAAUGUAUCCAUGAGUUUAUCAAAACUUAGAGAAGAAAUUUCCUCUCUUAUCGGUCAAGUUAUCGAUAAAGAUAUCGAUAAAUAUCAUUUAACAGUACUGGAGAAUAUCAAAAGACCCAUCGAUGAACUAAACUAUUGCAUAAGACAAAUUGAACAGAAAUCCAUUUCAGGUUCUUUAACAGAUCUCGUAGAUCCUUUGCAUAGUUUGAAUGAUAAGGUAAAAAUGAGCCAAGAAGUUUUGCAACUUUCGACGACCAAACAAAACUUCGAUAUUGUAGAAACAUUAGAUAAAAUGCGCAAUCUUAUUAAACAUAUAGAAAUCGAUAUCGAAGAGAAUGAAUUCAAGAAUAUGCAAAAGGAAAUUGCUUUGGAUGAAGAGCAGGCCAUCAAGGAUAAUAAUAUAUUUUUAACGAUGAGACAAGAAAUGGAAAUGAGAAUUGAAUUGGAGGAAAGUCUUAAGGAAAUCGAAAAGCUUAAUAACAAUAUCAAAUAUUUAGAAGAGAACACGUACUUAGACAAAGAACUAAAGUCCCAAUUUUGCGAAUUAGCUAAGCCUUUUGAACAGGUUAUUGAUAUUCUUACGAAUAAAGAAUCUCUGGAAAGGGGUCAACAUUCCCUACAGUCCUCUUUGAAUAUUCUAAGAAAUACUGCCAAAAACUGUGAAAGUUUAAAUCAAUCACUGGAAAAGUUGAAAGCUGUUAAGAGUAAAAGUGAAUUUUCUAAAAUAUUUUACACUAAUUGUCGUACUGCUCUUGAGGAGCUAAAAGCCACCAUAGAUCAGCUAGAAUAUAAUGAUGUAACGGCAACACCAGUUGUUACUCCUUUUAACAAAAUAUUAGUUGCAUUAGAGAAUAUAAUACCCAAAUUGGUUACUGAAACAGCUGUAGAAGAUUUGUCUACCUUAGAAGAGGUAUCCGCCUUAAAAUCUGCUGCCGAAUCUUUACCUCUAGAUAGCGAUAGAGCUUCGCUGCCAAAGGAUUCUAAAGAAGAAAUAUCUGUUUGUCCUCUAAAGUCAUUCGAAGAGAAAAAGCAACAGGUAGAUGAAUUACUGGGUCAAUUGAAGAAUAGUAUAGCUUCGGUGUUGGCUCAUUGCAAUGACUACGACAUGGGCUCCUUGAGAAUUGAGGCUGUUGAACAAAUGAAGGCUACCGUCAAUAAGAUGACCGAUUUUAAACAGUGUUUAGAACAAACCCUACAGCCGCAUGUUUUAGAUGUUGUACACACUUCAUCCGAAUGUACAGAUCUGCGCACAAUGGCUGAGGCUGUUUGCAGUUUGGAAAAUUGUGCUCUACAAAUACAAGAGUAUAUCGACAACUUUGAUGUAAAAGACUUGAGUGGUGAUGAAAUUUCUGAGCUUAAAACUAUGGCCCAACCUUUAAAGGAAUUAGUAGAGGGUGUAAAAGUAUUCUAUAACCAAGAAUUGGAACAAGUGGAAACAAUGAAUACUUUAUCGGCUGUAAGCAUGUCUUCAGCCAAAGUUUUGCAAAGUUUAAGACCUUAUGUGUUGGCUGUACACGAACAUCAAGCUCUGGAAACUUUAGAAUCAUUGGCCGAUACACAAACAUUCUCACAUCUAAAGGAAUUUGUACAGCCUUUAAGAGAAUUAGAAAAGGCAGCCAUUUGCACAGAGGAAAAUCUAAUGCUCUCACAAAUGUCCAAUCUUAGCGAGCAAACGAGCUUAGAGGUAUUAAAAACAUGGGCUAAACCAUUGUUAAGUCUUAAAGAAGCCAUUGUUAAUGUCAAACAAGAACAAGCUUUUAGCGCUUUAGAGGAAUAUCCUGCAUUUAGGGCGCUUAAAGAAAAAUCCUCAAUACUUUUCAAUUUACUUAAGUAUUGUGAAAAUUUUGAUGCACAAAUAUUUGAAAAUAUUGAAGAUUUAUCUUUGCUUAAUAUUUCCCAUAUUAAAUCCUAUGCCGAGUCCGCAACAGCGUCAGCACAAGAACUUAUGGAACCAGCUAAAACUCAUGUGCAAGAAGUCAAAACAUUCGAUUUAAAAGAUUGUGUAAAAGGCGGAAUAAAGCAAAUUGAAGAAUGUUUACAUAACACUAAACAGAUACAAGAUUUUGAGGUAACUAGUUUGGAAGAUAUCAUGCAGGAACUGAAAAAUGAUUUGCAAAAUAUGGAAAAUAAUCUCUUGAAAUCUAAUGAAAAAACUGAGGAUUUAAUAGCCAAGGAAACAAAGGUGGCAAAAACUAUGUUUAAACUUAAAGAAUGUUUGGUACACACCUAUGAAGCCACCGAUUUGGAAACUGGUCUAGAAGAUAUAGAGAAAACAUUUGAGGAUUUAUUACAAGCUAUGCCGUCUCUGGAACUGCAAUUGGCUUUGGAAAUGAAAGAGAAAAUUAUUUUAGGUUUCUCCGAGUUCAUAGUGGCCUGCUUGCAAACAACAGAACAACAACAAAGCUUUGAAACGCUUAUACAACCGUUUAGAAAUCUUAUGGAAACCGUUGAUAUUAUUAGCAAAUUAAAUAAGAUAGAUGUAGAGCCAUCAUCCAGUGUAAUGAUUCAACUGCAAACCCAACUAAUGACUGCAUUUAGAGCCCUAAACGAUGUUAGCGAAAAAUCGAAUCAAGAAAUACUGCCAAAUCUAUUAAAAACCCAAAAUACUUUGGUUUUAAUUUAUGAUUUUAUCGAAAAUAACGAGGGUAAUUUAAGAAUUAUAGAAUUAUUACAAGAAAUUGAUUAUCUUACUCCCGAGUUAAGAGAAAUCAAGGACAUACUUGCCUCGAGCCAAAAGCAUGCCAGUGAAGAGAUGCAGAUGCAAUUGCUAUUGGAAAAUGUUAAUUCUGCUCAAUUAUUCCUAAUGGAAAUACACGAAGGAUUGUUACAGAAUAAUGCCUUAGUUCAUGCAUUUAUGCAAGACAAUAGGGAUACUGUGGAAAGUUUGAAAAACUUGCUUAAUAAAGUGGAGAAUAAAUUGCAUUCGAAGACAGUUUACGAAGUGGAACAAGAAGAAACUAUUGGCAUUCUUAGGAAUCUUUUAAAUAAUCUUAAAGCUAAUAUGGCAAGAGUUAAUGAAAUGCAUUUAAGAGAAAUUGAAACUGAACUGGAACAAAAAGGUGUUUCAGAAGCUAAGAAACCCGAUCAAAAGAAGAAGCAGGAACUUGAGAAACCAAUCGAACAAAAACAAGGCGAAAACCAAAAUGUUCAGAUAGAAGAUAAACCCGUACAAUUGGAAGAAGAAAGCUUCAAGAAAGAUGAACAGACGAAUGUGGAACAAGCUAAAGUUAACUCAGAAUCAGAAACUCAAAAGAAGGAUGAAUUCGAAGCAUCUGAACAGACUAAAACUAAACCAGAACCAGAAACUCAAAAGAAGGAUCAACAGAAGGAUGUUGAAACAGAUUCAGCUAAACCAGAAGAUAUAGGUAAGAAAGCUGAACAGAAGGAUGUAGAGCCAGCUGCAAAGUUAAACGAAGUAACUGAACUUUCUAAAGCUAAAUUAGAAGAAGAAACUCCUAAGAAAGAUGAACAGAAGGAUGUUAACAUAGCAUCAACCUUAGUGGAAGAAACUGAACCAGCUAAAGCUAAGCCAGUUCCAGAAGAGGAAAGUUCUAAAAAGGCUGAACAGAAAGAUGUUGACACAGCAGCUAAAGCUGAAGAAAAAGCUGCAAAGAAAGCUGAAAAGAAGGAUGUUGAGUCAGCUGCGAAAUUAGUCGAAGCAACUGAACCUAUUAAAGCUAAACCAGAAGAAGAAACUCCUAAGCAAGAUGAACCGAUGGAUGUUGACACAGUUUCAACCUUAGUAGAAGAAUCAAGAAAAGAAACUCCUAAGAAGGCAGAAGAGAAAGAUAUUGACACAUCAACCAAAGCUGAAGAAAAAGCUCAAAAGAAAGCUGAACAGAAGGAUGUAGAGUCAGCUGCAAACUUAGUUAAAACAGCUGAGCCAGUUAAAGCUAAACCAGAAGAAGAAACACUUAACAAAGAUGAACCGAUGGAUGUUGACACAGCUUUAAGCUUAGUAGAAGAACCAAAAGUAGAAACUCCUAAGAAGGCUGAACAGAUAAAUGAUGACGCAACUUCUGUAUUAACCGAAGAAGCUAAACCAGAACCCCCAGAACUAACACCAUUAAUGAAGAAUGUUUUACAGCUGAUCAACACUAAUAAGCAAUAUCUUGAAACAAUAAAACCCAAAAAAGUUAAACAAAGUACCUCGGAAUUUGUCAAGUCUGUAAUGGACAACUUAAAAGAACUUCAGCUAGCUAUUGAGGUUGAUACUCCAACUAAUCUUGAAGAUCGUUUAUUCUUGCCAUUAUUCAAAACCAAACAACUUAUUACAUAUGCUGCAAACACUGAGUCUACCGAUGAAAUUACCCAUAACGUCUUAGAAAAUCUUAAGCAUAUUAUGUUAAAUAUUAUAAAUGAUAAUGACAAGCUACGCAAAUCUAUACUUUAUGAGGUCGUGGAAGCCGUUAAGCCUAAUGUUUCCCAAAUUCUUGAAAAAAUUGAGAGUCAACCCAAAAAAUCUAAAAUUAUACAAAAGGCAGCCGAAAGUCUCAAUCAAAUCGUAUUGGAAAUUAAUAACAUCUAUCAGAACAACUUAGGAAAUCUGGAAACAUCAUCAACAUCUUUUAAAGCUCUAAAAUCAGCUUUAAGCCAACUGAAUGAAGUGACAGAGGAAAUAAGUGCAAUAAAACCAAAUGUUUUAAAUACCAUUAAACUCAAUCGAUUAAUGGAGAAGCUAGACAAGUCAGAAGUAAAAGAUGCCCUUGAAAUAUUACUGGACUUGGAAAAUAUGAAAGAAAUGUUUGAGCAACUCCUAGAAACUAUACAAAGCCAAUCUUUAAUGCAACAUAAACCCAUAGAGGAAACCGUUGCGAAUGCUUUAGAAGUUAUAGGCGAUAACAGUGAUCUAGAAGAUAUUAAAAAAGAUUUGCAAGAGACUUUAGAUUCAUCAAAUAACGAACAAAAACGAAAGUGUAUAUUCAAGCUAAGAGAACAUAUUGUACAUACUUACGAUGGCGGCUUAAACGAAGAACUUGAAAACGUUAUAGAUUCUAUAUUGGGCAACAACUCUGAUUUAAUAGAAUCCAUUAAUGCUGAAUAUUUAAAAAAUAUUAACAAUAAUUUUACCCCAGUAUGUAAACAAAUCGAUGAAGUUACAACGGAACCUUGGCACGGGAAAUUAACUGGAUUAACCACAAAACUGUCAAAUAUACAAAACAUUGCCGAUCGUCUUAAAACUGUAAAGGAUUUCGAAAAAUCUUCCAUUAACUCAAUUGAACUUCAGAAAAAUCUUAUGGAUAUUUUUGUUUUAUUCGAUGAUAUGCUUGAAAUCGCAACUUCACCUUUGAAUACAGAUGUGGAAAAGGUAAAAAGUUUAGCAUUAAAGCAAUAUGAUAGCAUAGAAAACUCUACGGUAAAUAUAAAAACACUUCAGGCUUACGAAAAUAUGCUUGAUGUGUGCAAACUAAUAAAGAUCGUUGUGGAGAAAGUGUGUGAAAAAUCUAAAUCACAAGAAAUGGAAAUAUCAGUAGAAAAGCUAGAAGAGAAACAAGUAGAAACAAAGAAAGCUAAAGAAAAAGAACUCAAAACUACCAAAGAUAUAGCAGAAGUAUCUGAAGUAAAGGCUGAAAAAUUAGAAGAAAAGAAAAUGGAAGAUGAAGCCAAAAAAGCCGAAGAAAAAGAUCUAAGAACUACCAAAGAGAAGGCAGAAGUAUCUGAAGUAAAGCAUGAACAAUUAGAAGAAAAGAAAGUGGAAGAUGAUGCCAAGAAAGCCGAAGAAAAGGAUCUACAGACUACAAAAGAGAAGGCAGAAGUAUCUGAAGUAAAGGCUGAAAAAUUAGAAGAAAAGAAAAUGGAAGCUGAAGCCAAGAAAGUCGAAGAAAAGGAUCUAAAAACUACUAAAGAGAAGGCCGAAGUAUCGGAAGUAAAGGCUGAAAAAUUAGAAGAAAAGAAAAUGGAAGCCGAAGCUACGAAAGCCGAAGAAAAAGAACUAAAAACUACCAAAAAGAAGGCAGAAGUUUCUGAAGUAAAGGCUGAAAAAUUAGAAGAAAAGAAAAUGGAAGCUGAAGCCAAGAAAGCCGAAGAAAAGGAUCUAAAAACUACUAAAGAGAAGGCCGAAGUAUCGGAAGUAAAGGCUGAAAAAUUAGAAGAAAAGAAAGUGGAAACUGAAGCCAAGAAAGCCGAAGAAAAGGAUCUAAAAACUACUAAAGAGAAGGCCGAAGUAUCGGAAGUAAAGGCUGAAAAAUUAGAAGAAAAGAAAAUGGAAUCUGAAGCCAAGAAAGCCGAAGAAAAAGAACUAAAAGCUACCAAAGAGAAAGCAGAAGUGUCUGAAGUAAAGGCUGAAAAAUUAGAAGAAAAGAAAAUGGAAGCUGAAGCCAAGAAAGCCGAAGAAAAUGAUCUAAAAACUACUAAAGAGAAGGCCGAAGUAUCUGAAAUAAAGGCUGAAAAAUUAGAAGAAAAGAAAGUGGAAGCUGAAGCCAAGAAAGCCGAAGAAAAAGAUCUAAAAACUACUAAAGAGAAGGCCGAAGUAUCUGAAGUAAAGGCUGAAAAAUUAGAAGAAAAGAAAGUGGAAGCUGAAUCCAAGAAAGCCGAAGAAAAGGAUCUAAAAACUACUAAAGAGAAAGCUGAAGUAUCUGAACUAAAGGCUGAACAAUUAGAAGAAAAGAAAGUGGAAGCUGAAGCCAAGAAAGCCGAAGAAAAGGAUCUAAAAACUACUAAAGAGAAGGCCGAAGUAUCUGAAGUAAAGGCUGAACAAUUAGAAGAAAAGAAAGUGGAAGCUGAAGCCAAGAAAGCCGAAGAAACAGAACUCAAAACUACUAAAGAGAAGGCAGAAGUAUCUGAAGUAAAGGCUGAAAAAAUAGAAGAAAUGAAAAUGGAAGCUGAAGCCAAGAAAGCCGAAGAAAAAGAACUAAAAGCUACCAAAGAGAAGGCAGAAGUGUCUGAAGUAAAGGCUGAAAAAUUAGACGAAAAGAAAAUGGAAGCUGAAGCCAAGAAAGCCGAAGAAAAAGAACUAAAAGCUACCAAAGAGAAGGCAGAAGUGUCUGAAGUAAAGGCUGAAAAAUUAGAAGAAAAGAAAAUGGAUGCUGAAGCCAAGAAAGCCGAAGAAAAGGAUCUAAAAACUACUAAAGAGAAGGCCGAAGUAUCUGAAAUAAAGUCUGAAAAAUUAGAAGAAAAGAAAGUGGAAGCUGAAGCCAAGAAAGCCGAAGAAAAGGAUCUAAAAACUACUAAAGAGAAGGCCGAAGUAUCUGAAGUAAAGGCUGAAAAAUUAGAAGAAAAGAAAGUGGAAGCUGAAUCCAAGAAAGCCGAAGAAAAGGAUCUAAAAACUACUAAAGAGAAGGCCGAAGUAUCUGAAGUAAAGGCUGAAGAAUUAGAAGAAAAGAAAGUGGAAGCUGAAGCCAAGAAAGCCGAAGAAACAGAACUCAAAACUACUAAAGAGAAGGCAGAAGUAUCUGAAGUAAAGGCUGAAAAAUUAGAAGAAAUGAAAAUGGAAGCUGAAGCCAAGAAAGCCGAAGAAAAAGAACUAAAAGCUACCAAAGAGAAGGCAGAAGUGUCUGAAGUAAAGGCUGAAAAAUUAGACGAAAAGAAAAUGGAAGCUGAAGCCAAGAAAGCCGAAGAAAAAGAACUAAAAGCUACCAAAGAGAAGGCAGAAGUGUCUGAAGUAAAGGCUGAGAAAUUAGAAGAAAAGAAAAUGGAAGCUGAAGCAAAGAAAGCCGCAGAACUGGAUCUAAAAACUACUAAAGAGAAGGCAGAAGUAUCUGAAGUAAAGGCUGAAAAAUUAGAAGAAAAGAAAGUGGAAGCUGAAGCCAAGAAAGCCGAAGAAAAAGAACUAAAAGCUACUAAAGAGAAGGCAGAAGUAUCUGAAGUAAAGUCUGAAAAAUUAGAAGAAAAGAAAAUUGAAGCUGAAGCCAAGAAAGCCGAAGAAAAAGAACUAAAAGAUACAAAGGAGAAGGCAGAAGUAUCUGAAGUAAAGGCUGAAAAAUUAGAAGAAAAGAAAAUGGAAGCUGAAGCCAAGAAAGCCGAAGAAAAAGAACUAAAAGCUACCAAAGAGAAGGCAGAAGUGUCUGAAGGAAAGGCUGAACAAUUAGAAGAAAAGAAAAUGGAAGCUGAAGCCAAGAAAGCCGAAGAAAAGAAUCUAAAACCUACUAAUGAGAAGGCAGAAGUAUCUGAAGCAAAGGCUGAAAAAUUAGAAGAAAAGAAAGUGGAAGCUGAAGCCAAGAAAGCCGAAGAAAAGGAUCUAAAAACUACUAAAGAGAAGGCAGAAGUAUCUGAAGUAAAAUCUGAAAAAUUAGAAGAAAAGAAAGUGGAAGCUGAAGCCAAGAAAGCCGAAGAAAAGGAACUAAAAGCUACCAAAGAGAAGGCAGAAGUAUCUGAAGUAAAGGCACACAAAUUAGAAGAAAAGAAAAUGGAAGCUGAAGCCAAGAAAGUCGAAGAAAAAGAACUAAAAACAACUAAAGAGAAGGCAGAAGUAUCUGAAGUAAAAACCGAAAAGGUAGAAGAAAUGAAAGUGGAAGCUGAAGCCAAGAAAGCCGAAGAAAAAGAUUUAAAAACUACUAAAGAGAAGGCAGAAGUAUCUGAAGUAAAGGCUGAAAAAUUAGAAGAAAAGAAAGUGGAAACUGAAGCCAAGAAAACCGAAGAAAAGGAUCUACAGACUACAAAAGAGAAGGCAGAAGUAUCUGAAGUAAAGGCUGAAAAAUUAGAAGAAAAGAAAAUGGAAGAUGAAGCCAAGAAAGCUGAAGAAAAGGAUCUACAGACUACAAAAGAGAAGGCAGAAGUAUCUGAAGUAAAGGCUGAAAAAUUAGAAGAAAAGAAAAUGGAAGCUGAAGCCAAGAAAGCGGAAGAAAAGGAUCUAAAAACUACUAAAGAGAAGGCAGAAGUAUCUGAAGUAAAGGCUGAAAAAUUAGAUAAAAAGAAAGUGGAAGCUGAAGCCAAGAAAGCCGAAGAAAAGGAUCUCAAAACAACUAAAGAGAAGGCAGAAGUAUCUGAAGUAAAGGCUGAAAAAUUAGAAGAAAAGAAAAUGGAAGCUAAAGCCAAGAAAGCCGAAGAAAAGGAUCUAAAAACUACUAAAGAGAAGGCAGAAGUAUUUGAAGUAAAGGCUGAAAAAUUAGAAGAAAAGAAAGUGGAAACUGAAGCCAAGAAAGCCGAAGAAAAAGAACUAAAAGCUACUAAAGAGAAGGUAGAAGUAUCUGAAGUAAAGGCCGAAAAGGUAGAAGAAAUGAAAGUGGAAGCUGAAGCCAAGAAAGCCAAAGAAAAGGAUUUAAAAACUACUAAAGAGAAGGCCGAAGUAUCUGAAGUAAAGUCUGAAAAAUUAGAAGAAAAGAAAAUGGAAGCUGAAGCCAAGAAAGCCGAAGAAAAAGAACUAAAAGAUACAAAGGAGAAGGCAGAAGUAUCUGAAGUAAAGGCUGAAAAAUUAGAAGAAAAGAAAAUGGAAGCUGAAGCCAAGAAAGCCGAAGAAAAAGAACUAAAAGGUACCAAAGAGAAGGCAGAAGUGUCUGAAGUAAGGGCUGAAAAAUUAGAAGAAAAGAAAGUGGAAACUGAAGCCAAGAAGACUGAGGAAAAAGAUUUGAAAACUACCAAAGAGAAGGCUGGCAUCUCUGAAGUGAAGGCCGAAAAGGCAGAAGAAAAGAAACUGGAAGCCGAAGCAACGAAACCUAAGGAAAAAGAACUAAAAGCUACCAAGGACAAGGCUGAAAUUUCUGAAGUUAAGGCCGAAAAGGUAGAGGAAAAUAAAGUGGAUGCUCAAACAAAGACUGCUGAGGAAAAAGAUCUUAAAUCUAGUAAAGAUAAGGCUGAAAUAUCUGAAGCAAAGGCUGCAAAAUUAGAAGAAAAGAAAGUGGAAGUUGAAGCCAAGAAUGUCGAAGAGAAAGAUGUAAAAACUACCAAAGAGAAGGCAGAAAUUUCUGAAAUUAAUGCUGAAGCAAAGGCAGAAGCAAAGAAACUGAAAGCUGAAGAAAAGAAAGCCGACGAAGAGGAUGUUAAUACUACCAAGGAGAAGGCUGAAAUUUCUCAAGCUAAGGCCGAAAAGGUUGAAGAAAAGAAAUUGAAAGCUAAAACUAAGAAAACCGAAGAAAAAGAUGUAAAAACUGCUAAAGAAAAGGCUGAAAUCUCUGAAGUAAAGACUGAGAAAUUAGAAGAAAAGAAAAUGGAAGCUGAAGCCAAGAAAGCCGAGGAAAAAGAUCUUAAGACUAGCAAAGAGAGGGCUAAAAUUGAAGAAAAGCAAGCCGAAGAAACAGAAAUGAAAACUACUAAAGAAGAAGCUGAAAAGUUAAAAGAAAAGAAACUCGAAGUCGAUACUAAAAAAACUGAGGAAGCGAAGUCCAAGAAAGCGCAAGAAAAAGAACUAAAAACUGCUGAAGAAAAGGCUGAAAUAUCUGAAGUAAAGGGCGAAAAGAUAGAAGAAGAGAAAUUGGAUAGAGAAAGCGCUGAAAAUAAAGCAGAAAUAAUGGAUAAAAACUUAGAAGCUAAGAAACUGAAAUCUAAAGAUGUUGAGAGUGAAAAAUUAGAAGAUAAUAAAUUGAAAACUAAAACGAAAAAGUCUAAACAAAAAGAAGAACCGGCUGUCGAAACAAAAGCUGAAAUAGCAGAAGUUGAAAAGAAACAACAAAAGGAAGAAGACAAUGAUGUGAAAGCUGUUAGUGCUAAGACUGAGAUAUCUGAAGUUGAGCAGAAAAAGUAUGUCGAAGUGAAAGCAGACAAAUCAGAAGUUAAGACUGAUUUAAAGAAGUCUGAAGUAGACUCAACCGAAAAACUGAGUGUUAAAGAAAGUGAUAAACCGAAAAAAUCUAAUGAAUAUAUGGAUCUAAAAGAACAACGUAAUGCCAAAAGGAUGCCUAGUGUGGAUAUCAAACUUACCAAUCGCAAUUCAUCGGUGGGUAGCGAUAUUAAACUGACAUGUGGCAUAUCGGGCAAUGAUGUAGAGAUACGAUGGUUUAAAGAAAACACUGCUAUUGAGAACAGCGCUAAAUACAAAAUCACGCAAAAGGAUGGUUUAUCUUGUUUAGAAAUAAAAUCAGCCGAUUUGCAAGAUGCAGCUGUAUACAGAUGUGUUGCGGCAAAUAGAAACGGUGAAGUGGAGACUAGUUGCCUCGUGACACUGUAUGAUGUACCUACGAAUAAAUUUGGCACUCCGCCAAUAUUCACUCGUAAUAUCAGAGAAUACUAUCACUUGCGUGAUGAUGAAUUGACCAUUGAGGUGCAUGUCCAUGGUGUUCCCAGACCGGUAGUAACCUGGUGGAAAGGUGCUUUUGAAAUCAAGCCAAAUGUUAAAUUUACCAAACUGGAGGAAGCUCAUGGUGUAUAUAAGCUCUUGAUCUAUAAGCCCAAUAAUAGAGAUAGUGGAGUAUACACUUGCAAAGCUAUUAACUCUAGUGGAGAAGCCCAAGUAAAUCAUGCGGUUGAGGUGGCUAAGAAUCUACACUAUCAUGUGCAUGGUAUAUUCCAUGCCAGAGAUCGUAUUCAAAGAGAUAAGGAACAAACUGCCAAAAAAGCUAUGGAAGAAGCUCUCAAAUCUAAAGGAGAAUCCGAUAAGAAGAGAGCUCAGGUAGAGGUAAGGUCUAGAGGUCCUAGAGCUUCGCCCGAAACUUUAGUUUCUGAUAGACAAAAAUUGAAAUUUGCCACCCAACUGAGGGAUCGUAUGGCUUUGGAGGGUUCAACUGUUAAACUGGUUGUAACCAUAAUUGGUCCUGAUCCGGCAUGCAGAUGGAUGAAGGAUGAUAAGUGGGUCACUUAUAAUGAUAAGGUAAAGAAUCGCACUGAAGCGGAUAAGGCAAUAAUCGAGCUAAUAGAUGUUACUUCGGAAAAUUCUGGUGUCUAUAAAUGUGUUGCCAAAAAUGAAUUUAGCGAAAUAGAGACAUCUUGCUAUUUCAAGGUAUAUGCGGCGCAAGCCGAAGGCGAUGAGCAUGAACCAAUUUUCGCACUACCACUAAGAGAUGUUUAUCAUUCUUCUCAAAACGAUUUGAUUCUCGACACUAAGAUACGUGGCAAUCCACGACCAGUAGUUACUUGGAUAAAAGACCAAAUACCCGUCGUACUUGAUGAUCGCAUUGUGCAGAUCGAACAUUUAGAUGGUAUUUGCGAGCUGAUCAUUAACAAGCCCACAGCGAAUGAUAGUGGCAAUUAUACUUGUGUUGCACAAAACAAACUAGGCACUCAACAAACCUCACACUCAGUUGUUGUUGAUGUUCAUCAGUCCAGACGCUCAAGUGUUUUAUCCGGCGUUAUGAGUGAUUCGGAUGCAGGCAGUAGGAGGGGAGGUGCUGGUGCAGGUGGUGAAAAAGCUGGUCGGCCACCAAAAUCUAAAAAGAAGGAUGAAGAAGGUGAUGUAUCAUAUGAAAGACGCAGCCGUAUGCCUGACCCUUCGCCCAAGCAACAAUUGUACUUUACAACAUAUUUAUCAAAUCGUUAUGUUUUGGUCGGUUCCAAAGUGAAAUUGCAGUCGGUAGUUAAUGGUCCUAAUCCUACAAUGAAAUGGACCAAGGAUGAACAAAACGUUCCCUAUGGUAAUCGCAUAAGAAAUAUGAAUCGUGAAGGUUUGGCAUGUUUAGAAUUUUUGAAUUGUCAACCGGAAGAUUCGGGUAUUUAUACUCUAAUCGCUCAGAAUGAAUUUAGCAAAAUAACCUCAUCGUGUCAGCUCCAUGUUUAUACUCCAAACGUUUCGGCCGAUGUCGAACCUGUUUUCGUGCGUCCCAUUAAAGAUACUUAUCAUUUGAAUUCAAAUGAAUUAAUUCUGGAGACUGGUAUUCGUGGUGUACCUCCACCACAAAUCCAAUGGCUUAAGGAUAAUAUUGAAAUCGAAAAUGCUGGAAGAUUCCAUAUUUUCCAACACGCUGAUGGCAACCUCGAACUUGUAAUCGACAGUCCCAAUGACAAAGAUAGUGGCAAAUAUAUUGUGAGAGCUGAGAGCUCCGCUGGCAAGGCGGAAAUAGCUCAUCAUGUUUUGUUUAGAGGAAAAGAACAUCAUAUUGCCGAUAAUAUACAUGGUGUUUUCCAUGCGGAUAAGAGCCUAUUGAAACCAAAGCGUGAGGAGGUAGAGAAACCAAAGGAGACGGCUAAAUCUGAAGCUGAAUCGGAGGGCGAGGAAGGCAGUAAGGGUAAGAAACGUGUACGCAAGCCCAAGAAGGAUGAUGAGGAAGCGGAAGCCUCUUCUGCUUCAGCCUAUGCUACCGAUACUGGUUCGGAAACUAGUAGUCUUAAGAAACGUGAGAAGGUUAUAGGUAUACACUUUGCCACCGCCGUUAGGGAUCGUGUAGUUGCCGAAGGAUCCAAGGUGAAAAUAUCCUGCUUCUUGGAGGCCAAGGAACCUCAAGUUAAAUGGUUCAAAAAUGAUGAACAAAUACAAAACAGUCAAAAGAUCCGUGGUCGCUAUGUGGAGGGUUUGUGUACUUUGGAGAUACCUUCGGCUGCGGUAGAUGAUUCGGGAGAAUAUAAAUGCUGGGCUAGGGAUGAAACUGGUGAAGCUUCUACUUUCUGUAGACUGGAGGUGUACUCUGAUCCGGGUACUGGAGAUGUACCACCAACAUUUACCCGCAAUAUUAAGGAUACUUAUCAUGGCAAGAUUAAUGAGGUUCAACUGGAUUGUCAUGUGCGUGGCUUGCCCACUCCCACCGUUACCUGGUCUAAGGAUGGCGUUAAAAUAGAACCCAGCGAAAAGUAUCAAACUGUGGAACAUGAAGACGGCACUUUGGAACUAUUCAUUAUGGAUCCAACACCGAACGACAGUGGUAAAUAUGUAUGUCAAGCGGAGAAUCGUGAGGGCCAGGCUGAAAUCGCUCACAUGGUCACUGUACAACCAAGACGUAGACGACCAGUCUCACCAUCCAGGGACAGGCCACCGGCAUUGCCACCCACACAGGAAACCGAAGAAGAAAAGGAAAAGAAACGCAAGAAGAAGGAGGAAGACGAAGAAGGUGGUGGCAGAAGACGUGAAGUGCCACCUCCACCAGAUCUAAAAAAACGCAUCUACUUUAGGAAUUUCUUAUCGAAUCGUACGGUUAAGGCAGGCAGCAAUGUCAAAUGGAUGGUUAGUAUUGAUGGUCCAGAUCCCACCGCUCGUUGGUUCCAUGGUGAUAAUCCCAUUGCAUUUGGUCCCAAGAGUAAAUUGUCUAUGCAAGAUGGCAUUGCUUGGUUAAAUUUGAUUGACGUCACCGAGGAGCAAAGCGGCGUAUACACACUAAAGGUGAAGGGUUCAGAAAAUGAAAUUGUUUCCACUUGUACUUUGUUUGUCUAUAGCACUGGCAAAGAAGAAUUAGUAGCCCCUACAUUUACAGUUGGCAUUAAAGACACCUAUUCAAUUAAUGAGAAUGAGUUGGUUUUGGAUUGCCGUGUACGUGGUAAACCACGUCCCGAAAUACAAUGGUUGAAGGGAACAGAUAUGCUUAUGCCAGGCGAUAAAUACAUACAAAUCGAUCAGCCCGAUGGUUACUCCAAAUUGAUUGUAACUAAACCGACCGAAAAGGAUUCUGGCCUAUAUGCCUGUGUGGCUCGUAAUGAGGUGGCUGAAAGUAAGAUUACCCAUCAAGUUGAUUUCAAGGGACGUGAACGUUUUGCCUUGGAAAAGACUAUGGGUUAUUUCCAUCGUGAUCCCAAUAAGCCACAUUUCGUUACACCUUUGGGUAAUCAAACUGUUUGCAAUGGCGGUACAAUUGCCAUAUCGGCUGAGUUUAUGCAGACUCAUACACCCAUUGAUGUUCAAUGGUUCCGUGAUCGCCAGCCUUUGGCCGGUCAACCUAAUGUUACAACAUUCUAUGAACAUGGUGUUUACACUUUGGCCAUUAUGAAUGCUCAGGCUGAGAAUGAAGGUACUUAUACUUGCCGAGCUCAAAAUGCUUUCGGUCGCAUCGAAUCGCAUGCAAAUGUUGAUGUAGCCGUGGGUGUUUCGAAGGAUGAACGUCCACCGUUGUUCCUUUCAAGACCCGAAACGGAAAUGAAGAUUGCUGUUGGUGAUCCCUUCUCGAUUUCCUUUAGAAUUGCUGGUGAUCCAAAACCAAGAUUGACUUUCAUGAAGGGUACCAAAGAUAUUACAAAAUCAGAUCGUGUAAGCAAAGAGGUUUCGGAUGAUUAUACCAGAUUUACCGUACAAAAGUCACAAAUUUCGGAUUCUGGCACUUACUUUGUAGUGGCUCGUAAUAAUAAUGGCACUGACCGAAUAUUCGUUACCGUAGAGGUUAUGCCCAGAGCACGUUCUGAAACUCCUUCGGCUCCUCGUUGGGGUCUAGCACUAGAAAGUUAUCCCGAUGUUUCAUAUUUCAAAGAUCCGCCGGCUGCCAUUUCAACAGAACCUCUGCUUAUAGAUUCUGGUCCAACACACAUUAGUUUGUCUUGGGGCAAACCGCCCACCAAUAAUUCUGCUCCUGUUAUAGCCUAUCGUGUAGAUGCUUGGGUGGUGGGCCAUGAUGGUGGUGCCAUGUGGAAAGAACUUGGUCUUACUCCCAUUAACUCCUUUGAUGCUUUCAAUCUGAAAUCAAAUGUAGAAUAUCAUUUCCGUGUAACACCCAAAAAUCGUUAUGGUUGGGGUCCUUCGGUUCAGACUUCGGCCCCCUUGCAAGUGGGUGGAGUUGAAUGUUUGCCUGAGUUUACGGUGAUUUUGCCCGGUCAAGUUAAGGCUUUACUAAACAAGGAAUUCGUUUUGGAGGCUGUAGUACGUGGCACCCCUCGUCCAGAUAUUGUCUGGUAUAAGGACGGCUUACGCAUAAGUAGUAAUGUGGAAAGUGAACGUGUUAAAACACGCAAAAUAGGAUCCACCUGUACUUUGACCAUUAAGCAGGUAACCGAAACUGAUGCUGGACGUUACACCUGUGAGGCAACAAACUCUAAAGGUAGAGUAUCUACAUUUGCUCGUCUACAAGUUGUCUCCGAUCCUAAACUAUUUGAGGCCGAUAAUCGCCUUAAGGAAAUUGUUCGUCAGAAUAAUUUAGCUGCCAUAGGAGAUACUUUACCCAUUUUUACCAUGCGUCUCAGAGAUAGACGUGUUCAGGUCACCUAUCCAGUACGUUUGACCUGCCAAGUAGUGGGACAUCCUCAGCCUGAAAUAACCUGGUACAAAGAUGAUGAGCUUUUACAGUCCAAUAGACGUUGUCUUAUUACGGAAGAAAAUCAAUUCUUUACAUUGGAAUUGGCUAGUGCUCAGCUUAGUGACAGUGGUAUUUAUACCUGUACAGCUAAAAAUGAAUUGGGUUCGGUGUCCUGCCAUUGUUCUUUGGUGGUGGAUAAGGGUAUACGGGCCUAUAUAUCGCCCGAAUUCUAUAUGCCACUCGAUCCUCUCUAUAUAGUACAAGAAGGUCAAGAAUUACGUUUAACUGCCAAAGUUGAAGCUUAUCCUGCAGUCGGUGUAUCAUGGCAUCGUAAUGGUGUAAAAUUACGUCCUAGUCGAAGAUUGGCCGUCUCCUUAGAUGCAAAUGGUUUAGUGGAAUUGAUCAUAUCCGAAACUACUAUACGCGAUGCUGGUAUUUAUACAUGUGUAGCUUCAAAUGCUGUGGGUAAACAGGAGAGUAUGUGCCGUGUGUGUAUAGAACAAUUGGAGGAGGAAGAUGUUAGCAAACAAAUCACAAGAAGUGUUCCAGCUAUAUUCACAAAUGAUAUGCCUUAUUCCAAAGAACCUUUGUUUUUGGUUAAGCCACGUUCUAGUGAAGCUUAUGAAGGUGAUACAGUCAUUAUAUUCUGUGAAGUUGUGGGUGAUCCCAAACCAGAUGUUGUUUGGCUUAGAGAUUUCUUAAAUCCUGAAUAUUACAAAGACGCUCCUCAUUUCCGACGCAUUGGUGAAGGUACUGAAUAUCGUUUAGAAAUACCAUAUGCCAAAUUAGAUUUUACCGGAACUUAUUCUGUUAUUGCAUCAAAUUGUCAUGGCGAAGCUAAGGCAGUGAUAUCAUUACAAAUUUUUGCCAAAGAUAUACUUAAACAAAAAUCAAUGGAGAAAGGUUCAAUAAGACAUGGAAAUAUUGAAACUUUACCGCGUUUUAUACGUCAUUUACGCAACUUGCGUUGUUGUGACGGCGAUGCCAUUACUUUAGAAGCUCACGUGGAAGGACUUCCCGAGCCUGUUAUCAUUUGGGAGAAAGAUGGUCGGGUUUUGCCCAGCGGUAAAGACUUUGAGAUGACUUAUGACGGCAUUAAAGCUACACUCAGCAUACCACGUGUUUAUCCCGAAGACGAAGGCGAAUAUACUUGUAUAGCUAAGAAUAAUAUCGGACGCACUCUAUCGUCAGCCUGUAUUAUAGUAGAUGUUCCAGAAGAAAAGGAAAAUAUGUUAAAUAGACAACUAACACGACCCACCGGUUUUCUGUCGGCUACCUCAACUCCUCUAUCGACACCACGCUCCACACCAAUAAGAAGUUUUUCACCCACUCGCCGUUUAUCUUAUCGCAAUUCCAUAAUUGAUAUAAGCGAACCACGUAGCAGUAGGGGUCGCAGUGUUGUCGAUGGUCGUCAAGCUAUUUCAGCACCGAAAUUUUUAGCCAUUCCGAAUAGUCGUGUUGUGGAGGAGGGUGACAGUGUACGCUUCCAAUGUGCCAUUGCUGGACAUCCUAUGCCCUGGGCCACCUGGGAUAAGGAUGGUAUUAUUGUAACCCCCACUACUCGUAUUGCCAUCAAAGAAGUCAAUGAUUUGCGUUAUUUGGAAAUUGAAGAGGUUACAUUCGAUGAUGCCGGCCUGUAUCGUAUUACACUCGAAAAUGAUUAUGGCCGCAUAGAAGCCACUGCUCGUCUUGAUGUCAUCGGUAGUUCACGCUAUUCAAAAUCACCUUCUGCCCGCAGUAUACGUGCCUCUUCCUCAAAACGUAAUGCUUAUCUACAUCGCCGUAUAAUGGGUCCCUCCACUGCCAUUGGCGGCCGUAUGGCUUUAGCUUCGGGUUUUAGAGGUUCCUCAGUGCCUUCUUGUAAAUUCUAUCAUAAUGGUUUGGAAUUGCAGGAAAGUGAACGUGUUCACGUUGAUCUUUUGCAAGAAGAAGCAUUUUUAUUCGUAGACAAUGUUUCGAAAGAUGAUGAGGGUCUUUAUACCUGUGUUAUCGAAGGUCAUGAACACGAACCUAUUACUACUUCAACUGUAGUAAAAUUUUUAACUGUGGAAGAAUUACAACAACCAAGCAAGACACAAUGCGAAAUUGUGCAACACCUGCCAGACGAAAUCGAACACUGGGAAGGUGAAACUAUAGAUUUAUGUUUUGAAUUGAAGACCAAUAUGCCGUAUACGUAUAUGUGGACCCGCAAUGGUGAACUUAUAAAAGAAUCGGAUGAUUUUAAUUACAUUGAUCAUGGCAAUGGUUUUCUCUGCUUACGUAUUCACGAUGCAUUCGAUUUGGAUUCUGGUUGUUACACCUGCAUCGUAACCACACUCGAUGGUUUUCAAUGCUCUACUUUUACUAAUUUAAAUAUUGGGCGUAAUUCCGAAAUCAUCGCUGACAAUAGCGACGGCGGUUUAGCGUUAAUGAAAUCUCUAUUGCCUGUGGUAGCCGAUUGUGGUGUUAAGGCAACAUUUUGUGCCCGUGUUUUUCCCGCCGAUGCUGAGGUGUGUUGGUAUGUGUGUGGUCGUCAAGUAGUUGAUAAUGUUGCUGAUGAUGAUUCAUGUGAAUUUACGUUGGAAUCAUCGUCUACUGAUGGUUUACGCAUUUUGCAUAUAAACGAUGUUACCUUGGCCCAUAGUGGUGAAGUUCAAUUGGUUGUAACACAUCCCGGUAAACCACAUUCAUCACUUAAAUCCUAUACAUCAUUGGCUGUAAUACCACGCUCUACAACAGCUCUCAAAGUACUUGAAUCUACAGAAAUUCCCAUAGACUUGAAAACAGAUUUAAAUCAAAAUCAUAAAAAUAAAGAUCGUUCUCAGCCGGCUUAUAUAUUAGAAGGUCCUAAAGAUUGUACCGCUUUAAUUGGUGGCUGUGUACGUUUGUCAGUCAUAUUUGAAGGAUUACCUAAACCACAAGUUAGAUGGUUUAAAGCGAGUCGUCCAAUUGUUGAAACUUCAAAUAUUAUAAUAAAUACUUCAACACGCAAAUCCAUACUACAGAUCUCAGAUAUAGUGACCGAUGACAGUGGUAAAUAUACCGUAGAAGUAAUGAAUGAGUUUGGUAACGAUGUAGCUGUAGCUUCAGUGGCUGUAGAGGGACCUCCGGAACCACCAAGCGGUAAACCAAGUAUUUCACAAGGUCCAGAUCGUGUAUCGAUUGCUUGGUGUGGUCCACCCUAUGAUGGUGGUUGCAUGAUAACCGGCUUUAUUAUUGAAAUGCAGGAGUUACUGACAUCCAGCGAUAAUGAGAAUGAAGCAGCAUGGUUGGAAAUUGCCUCUGUAGUGGAUUCAUUAGCUUAUACCGUUAAGGAUCUUAAACCUUUGUGUACUUAUAGAUUUCGUGUUCGUGCUGAAAAUGUUCACGGUCGCAGUGAGCCCGGUUUGCCCAGCGAUCGUGUACAUGUCACCGAAGAAAAUGAAGACUUAAAUGAUGAUUUCCUAAAAUCGAUUUCUAUAAAAGCCGGUGGCGAUUUCAAAAAUUGCUUUGAUAUCUUAGAGGAAUUGGGCAAAGGACGUUUUGGUAUUGUCUACAAAGUUCAAGAGAAAGAUGAACCCAAACGCAUAUGUGCUGCGAAAAUAAUUAAAUGCAUUAAAUCACGUGAUCGUGUCAAAGUUCAAGAGGAAAUUUCGAUAAUGAGAUCAUUAAAACAUCCCAAACUUUUACAAUUGGCAGCAUCGUUUGAAAGUUCUCGUGAAAUAGUAAUGGUUAUGGAAUACAUUACUGGCGGAGAAUUAUUCGAACGUGUAGUAGCCGAUGACUUCACCUUAACCGAACGUGAUUGUGUUUUAUUCGUGCGACAAGUGUGCGAGGGUGUCGCCUAUAUGCACAGCCAGUCAAUAGUACAUUUGGAUCUUAAACCUGAAAAUAUUAUGUGCAAAACUCGCACUUGUCAUCAAAUCAAAAUUAUUGAUUUUGGUUUAGCUCAACGCUUAAAUACCGGCUCUCCUGUAAGAGUUCUAUUCGGUACACCCGAAUUUAUUCCACCGGAAAUUAUUAGCUAUGAACCCAUAGGUUUCCAAUCAGAUAUGUGGAGUGUGGGUGUCAUAUGUUAUGUACUUUUAUCCGGUCUUUCGCCUUUUAUGGGUGACAGUGAUGUUGAAACCUUUUCGAAUAUUACCCGAGCCGAUUAUGAUUUCGAUGAUGAUGCAUUUGAUUGUGUCUCACAACAGGCUAAAGACUUUAUUUCGAAUUUAUUAGUUCAUCGUAAAGAAGAUCGCUGGACGGCUGAACAAUGUUUAGAAUCUGCUUGGUUGAAACAGGGACACCAGGAUGAUAAUCUAAGCAAUAAGAAAAUAUGCACAGAUAAACUGAAGAAGUUUAUCAUACGUCGCAAGUGGCAAAAAACUGGUAAUGCAAUAAGAGCUUUAGGUCGCAUGGCUACAUUAUCUGCUUCCCGCCGUAAUUCAGUUGCCUCCAAUGCCGGUUCCGUAUCCAACAGUCCACGACCAUCCGUAUCGGGUGUUACAAUUCUCAAUCCCAACAUAUCCGUUCAAAUGGGUUCACUACACGAGGAAGAUGAUGAUUUCAGCAUAGAAUUACCCAGUUCUGAGCUAAAGAGAAGAAAUCCCACAGUUCUACACAAAUCACAGUGUAGCGAACGUAGUGAUUCCGGCUACAGUGAAUGUUCAAAUUGUAGUGCUUCAGGUACAAUACAAUGUCAGUGUUCUUCCAAUAAUAAAGACAGUGUGGAUCAGGUGACCAAUGAAGAUUUGUCGUUAUCCGUGCCACAUGAUUUACUUAAACUAAAACUGGAAGAAAUAGCCCAUCAGGCUGAUAGUAACAUCGAAGAAGUCAAACUAGAAUUGGUAGUACCAAAUGAAAAGUGUCCACAACUCGAUGAUAAUCAAAAUGAGUUGAAAAGUUUAAAUAUUGUAAAUACAGAUGAAAAAAUUAUACCCAUAGUUGAAGAACAACUAGAUGUACUUAAUAAAGAACUAAAUCCCUCCACUCAACCCAUAAUGCGUUCGGAUUUUACAAAUACCAUACAAAUGCGUAAAAAAUCACUGGAGAAUAGUUUACAGAAGGAUAAACAAUUGAAACCAGUGAGCAAAUCCAUGCUAUUUGAACAGCCGGGUAAAGUAAGCAUGUUGAAAAAUAAAUUUUCAAAUAUGCAGAGUCAAGUGAGUAGUAAUUUUAACAUAACAACAACAACAACAUUUGCAAAAAGCAAGGAUUGCAUGGAUGUUUUGAAAUUAAAACGUAAUAUUGUUACUGAAGCUUGUCCUAACAAAACAACAAGCUCUUCUACAUCGUCCACAUCCAGCCUUCAUACCCAGUACUCAACUUCGUUGCCCAACUCUCCAAUACCAACACGCAAGACCAAUGCGAGUUCUGCGUUCCGGUUAAGCGAUCGUGUGCGCGAAGUAACCGAUCGUUUGGCUCAACAACAAACUGUUUGUACCGAGGCUAGAAGAAUGCAAAAAUCUCCAUCACCCAAUCGAAAGAAAAUUCUAUCACCGUAAAUUAAUUAUUUCAUUAUUAUUAUUUUUUUUUAAUUAUAAAUAUUAUAUAAAUAGUGUAUUUAAGAAAUUUUGUUAUUAUUAAGUCCACACUUAAAACAAAGAAAAAUUGUUAAACGUUAUUAUUUGUAGUUGUUUUUUAACAUGAAAAAUUAUUAUUUUAUUAAACAUGUGAAAAUGAAAUGUUACCCAGCAAAAAUAAAAAUCUCGAAUAUAAGUUUGUAAAACCUUCUAAUACUA